UGUACAAUGUGGGUGUACUUAUGGCAUCCCAUCUCGAUAGUCCGUUUGAUCUUGAGCGAUGUGGCCCGGCAGUUGAUCUGGCAUUAACAGAAGUAAAUGAUUUCCUGAGUGUCCAUCACGUACAACUCCGGAAAGUUGAAGGAAGCUACCCAUCUUGCAGUGGAGCUCGAGCCCCUGGUUUAGCAGCGGAUAUGCAUUUCCGAGAUAAUGUGAUCGCUUUUAUUGGACCGGCCUGUGCAUUCGCUUUAGAACCGGUGGCACGUCUUGCGGCAUAUUGGAAUACACCAAUUAUUACAGGCAUGGGUGAUCAAAACAGAGAUCUCAUUGUAGUCAAUUCCAAAUUAUUACUGAAAGCUUCUAACACACAGACAUUUUGA